GGAUAAAAGAGCGAAGCUAUCUGUCUACGAUAAGAACUCGCUGAAAUGUACAUCAUAGAGCUUUAAUAAAUUGUAUUAUAUUUUUCAUGAAUUCCACUAAUCUACCCUCAGCUUUCUAUAUAAUACAUUCUGUUAUCAACAAAUUGAUACCUCGGCUAUACAUCUUCUCAAUUCGGAGGUUUAAUUUUUUCAAGGAACCGUACAGUCGCGUAACAAGCGCGGCUAAUGAGACAGUGAGAUUAGAAACGUAGGUAUUUCUAUCGUAACGGACGGUCGUAUCGGCGAGCGAAUUUCGAAUUCAGCUCAGAGACGUGGCGAACGUUUUGGUAUUCACGUCGUGACGCUCGGUUCGCGGAACAGAAACGACGGCGGGGAAACGAUGAGAAAGUUGGAACAAGAACGGCUACGAAAACGGAGCGAACGAAGCUACCGACAAACACGAGGUUUGCGAAGCAAAUACCUGUUCGUCGCCGGAACUUUCCUCUUCGCUAUGCGGCACGAUCGACGCGCGAAUUUUGAACCUUCCUCGCUGCGGUACAUUUGCAACAAACCGAGAGGAACCCUUUGCCAGCUGCGUCAUAAAACCUCUCGUAGGCGUUUUGUAAAUGUUUUAGUUUACAUUAUCAGAACAGGCGUGAAUGAUAAUAUUUUUCAUUCUCCAGAGUCGUAAAAUAGAUGCAAUCAAUGGUAAUGAGAAUGUAAACAAACGAUAUCGCACUUGAACUUGGAGAUACCACUGAUAUUAUUGACUAAUGUCAAAAGUUGCAGUUGUAAGUUAAUCGUCGGCGCAGUGGAACGGUGAUUGUGGAACGACGUUCAAGAAAGCGAAAUAUUACACUAAUUACAGAGAGGAAGUUUCUUGACGGCUACGUAAGGCGUCCUUAUAACUUGUUAUUCUUGUAGCGAUAAACGACAGAGAAUUAUGGAACGGUGGGCUGGUAAAAAUGCGGUUGUUACCGGUGCUGCAUCCGGCAUCGGGGAAGCAAUUACAGCUGCUCUGUUGAAGAACAAAGGGAACGUGGUAGCUUUGGACAUACGAUUCGAGGAAUUGCUUCUCGCUGCUCGUAAAUGGGAACAAAUCAAACACCGUGGAAACAUUCGAUGUAUGUACUGCGAUGUAAGCGAGCCGACCAAUUUGGAGGAGGUUUUCUCCACCAUAGAAAGGGAAUGGAAAGGAGUGGAUAUUAUGGUAAACAAUGCGGGGAUGGUCGACUACACGCGCGUCAUUGAGAGCGACUGGGAGACGUUUCAAAGACUGUUAAAUAUUAAUGUCCUCGCGACCUCCAUGUGCGUCAAUUGGGCGGUGCGCUCGAUGCGCCAGCGGAACGUCGAAGGGCAUAUUUUCAAUAUCAACAGCGUGCUGGGACACGAAAUUCCGAACGGAUCCCUUUCGGAAAUCGAUGGCUGUAAUGGCUGGAACCUGUACCCGACUUGCAAACACGGAACUGUUGCAUUAACGCAUACGGUGCGGCGGGAAUUGGCGGCCAUUAAAGCACCGAUUCGAAUCACCAGUAUCUCUCCUGGCAUAGUGAACACCGGUAUAGCCAAACAUGUUUCUCAAUUAACGGAUGUUCUGAAAAGAAUUCCCGCACUUCGACCAGAAGACGUCGCGGAUGCACUGAUUUAUGCCCUCGGUUCUCGACCUGAAGUACAAAUCUCGGAGCUUACUAUUCAACGCACAGGUGAGCCGUAAAUAUGUGCAACACAGUACGUGUACAAGUAAAACUCAUUAGAACGUAAUGAAAAAUACUAUUAAUUUUUUAAUUACGUGGAUAAUAAAAUUUAGUAUAUUGUUUUGCCGUAUUUUUUGCAUUUACUUGAUAAAUAUACAGGGUGUUUGACUAGGGGUGGGCAUUUUUUAUGGAAGUGGUAGCUGGGGUACUUUCUGUACAACAUUUCCCUUCGCCGAAAUGCUCAUUAAGGCUUAGUUUUUGAAUUAUUAAUGAAAUACGCCGAGCACAUAUGCGCGGCUGACUGAGUGUAGGCUAUGAACCGACGCGCGGUGAAGUAGUUUGUUCGCGACCACAACAGAGCACGCUUCUCGUAUCCGGCACUUCCGCAUGCGCAUGCGUACUACGCGCGUUCUAAUCGGUCAGUCGGCUUUUUAUUAUUAUAAUAAUUUAAAAAUUAAGCCUUAACGAGGAUUUUGAUGAAGGAGAAAAUGAUUAAAAAUCACCAUAGCUACCAGGUGGUCCUCGAAGGAUACAUAGCCAUAACCUAACAUCCUGUCAACUAUCUGCGUGCACCUUGACCAAGUAAGGUUUUAAUUAGUUUUAAUUUCAUCAUCGCGCGAAAUGCGUUUCAUUCGCACCCAUAUUACGUGGUGUUGAUUACAAAGUGCAAAUUGGUCGUACGCAGUCGAACCAUAAUUACAGAAGGCCCGUACUCCUUAGAAUUCAAUGAUUGAUGCUAUUAUUGGGCUGCGUGACCAGACUCGGUAUUAAUUCGGGUUACGCAAGCAACAGUUACUAACUACAAAUCUUGCCCGUUCGACCGUGGUAUCUCUAAUUAAGCCAUAAUCACCGAUACCAGGCGUGAGAACGGUUCUGUCGCGUUGCGUUCGCAUGACCCGUCAUUAAAUAUUCCGUGUACGCGACGAGAGUGUAUUUCUUGCGCUGAUUAAUGCACCGACCAAUAUAAUUUACGUAAUGCGUUCGCUAAUAGACCACGGUUCGCGAUUUCGUUAAAUACACGGUCCACUCUAAAAUUUGAUCGCAAUUUGUAGCGACGCGUAGGACCCGACGUCAAACAGCCGCUCGAUAAUUGAGCGAUUCGUCCAGAGACCUGUGCGAAUCGAAUUUCCAUAGGGGACGAAUAUUUCAUCGUUUCAAAGAUGUUUUUUUUUUUCGCAAAAUUUGUUGGUUAUUGUGCUUUUGAAAGAAUUAGUGCGAAUGUCGUAACGCAAUUAAAACGAACAAUGGUUUACGAUAUGGAUUUGGAAAUGUGGUGAAUUCUCGCAGAACACAUAAAUUUGAUUUCUUUCGCGUUGUGAAAUUCCUGUCGAAUCUUAAUGUCGCGUCGCUUCAUUAAGAAGGUCCAGUUUCAACGUCAGUCUUUUGUAAAACUUGAACGUUUUUCGUUCGAUUUCACGAAUCUCAGUUUCACGUCCAUAUUUCUCCCGACAUUUUUCUUCCGGCCAACGAACUAGAGUACGAGAAACGAAAGAAACCGUGAAAACGAGCGAGAGACGCAUAAAUAUGAUCGAUAAAGACGUACAGCUCGACGAUGCUGCGUCCUUCGUGGAUCCGGCAUCUAGGAAUUUAUAUUAAAAUAUGCAAAUUUAUCGGUGCGGGCAUAUUUGAAAACAGAUAAAUUAUGCUGGCCAUGUAUCGCGUUCCCGUGGCAAAAUAUAUCGACGCACGGGGAUGAGGGUGGCAGCGGAACCGGAGUUCCUCGCAUAACGGCACGUUCUGUCGCCCGGCAGAAAUACGAUUUAUGACGAUCAUUGUGUAACGAUCAUAAAUUAUCUUGUUAUUUACGCGACUGUCCAACGCUGAUUUUGUUCUGCUUCGUUUUUACUCCGUCCAUUUCGACCACCCUCUUCCCGUUCUUCUUUUCGAUCUGCUCCGAUCGAUCAGCCAACUUUUCAACCGCAUUCGUGUCACCGACUAUUUUAUCAACGUUCUCUGUUUGCCUUCGCACGCGUUAUCAUCAAAUCAAUUUUACGUUUUCCAUUGAUAUAGAAAGGAAAGAUAAUUCUUCUUUUAAUUAAAGGUAAUUAUUAUAGACAUGAAACCUCGGUCGUCCACUUUUACGUUCAAAGAGUAAAGUAUUUUCCACCGUAAUAUUCAGGACAUAUUUUCCCAAAAUUUUAUUUGCUUAAUGUGUUUGUUAAGCAAUGAGCAGAGACGUUUAAUUCAUUCCAAGGCAAAGAGCAGUGAGCCCCACGUAACUUCUGUUACAGGGGGCUUACUUUUCACAAAAUAAAUGAAAAUUCAAUGAACGCUUAGUUUACGGAAACCGAAUAAACGCGGUGCUUUCAACGAAUGAAGCAACGAAUGAGAACGUAACGUUAGAUUCGUAUCAUCCAAUUUACGAAAGGGGACAGUAAUUUUUCAUAAACUUCGAGGACCUUUUAAUCUUUCACGAAUGUUAAAAGCUUUUAAGCUCAACAUUUCUUAUUUACUCGGAUCUCUGCUACCUUCGAAGUAUCUUGACGGUUUUUGCAAACAUCCCUCUGAAUGUUUUAAAAUUUUGAAGAAAGUCUGCUGCUUUUCAGCAUUUGAAAUUACAUCUUGCAACAUGUUCUAUGUUCUUUUUAACGUCGCAGUUCACCGGUUUUCGAUGGAAUUAUUUUAUUUUUCCCGAGAGACUCAGAAUUAUCACAGUAUAAUCGACGAAAGAAUCUUGCAACGAAUUUCACUGAAAAUGAAUGCAUUAGGUAGUAAGAUAAUUCCAAAAUUCUUUCAUGAUUGCCAGUUGGAUCUCGUUCCACAUUUUUCCCUAUCUUGAAAACUUUUCGAAGUACACGAAAGAAAGUUGCACGCUUUAAAUACCAUUAUCGUUGAUCGUCAUUAAUAUUAACUUUUGCAAGUUUCCGACGCUCGAAAGUCGAGAGGUUAAAGUUUUCGCGCGGAAGCGGCGGUAACGGUGCGCCACUUUUUCUCCUCUCUUGCUCCGUUAAUUGCAUAUUCGGUUUGAGAAAUCGCAAUAUCAACGUCUACCACCCGAUAUCGCCGCGAGUUUAUAAACUCGGAAUUCAUUAAAACACGUUCGUACAGAUUUAUCGGCGGUUCGGUGUGCGGCGUUGUGUUACGAACCCGAAAGUUGACGCGAAUUCCGUAGAUUCCUGAAUCUGCAAGAGCCGCAAGUCGUUCGAGGACAAACAUCCCGACUUAAGUUCCUUAAACGUGUUCGUAACUGUUUCUGACAGCCGACGCGACACCUUCCCUCUGCUAACUGUUGUUUGACCGCGUUUCGUCGUUUCUCGCAUUUGAAUAAGUCUCGAAGCGGAUUCCGUGCGCAAAACUGCCUUUGAUCAAUUAACGAGCUCGAAAUUAGUUUACCCUUAAAUUCUAGCAUUGAAUCAAUCUCGAUUCGCGGAUUUCGCAAUGCGGUGAAUUGCGUUCUUUUGACGAUUUAUACAUGCAAUUUUUUCCCCUCCGUGCUCCGUCGGGUCGUUCACGUCGAUAGUGGAUAUUGUUUCAGCGAUCCGUAUCGUUUCGAGCGUAAUGGAUUGACUGUUGCGCUGUAACUCGAUCUACCGUUCCAUUUAACAAUAUAUUCGUAAGUUUAUGUGGCUAAGGGAUUUAUAGCGUUAGCCGACGUGAAAUAGAGAGUAUAUGUAUACAGAACCUUCCAGGAUAUUGAUUUAUAAGGGAUCGUAAUUGAAAGAGCUGUACUAAAUCUAUGCCGCGAAAGAUAACAAUUGUUGAUUGAAAUAAUAACACUCUUCGUCCCUUAGGAAAUAUUUCCCUGUCAAAAUUUCAACCUUGCAUAAUCUAUCUUUCGAAGUAAAAAAAAAAAAAAUUCAAACUUCUCCUCUCAUUUUUAAUGUUUUUGUCACAUUCGCAACGAUACCCCUUGUUAUCUUGUAACGAAUCAGCAGAGUAUUUACAUUCGUUUCUAUUUAUGGUCACGUCGCGUCGGGACGGUAUUCCUCGUCGCGUUCACCCCAAUUACUACCGCACCCCCUAGUUUGAAAAUGGUGCCUGUGCAAAGUGCAGCGCCAUGGCAAAUUGGAUUAGCGUUACGUUACUAACGGCGAACCCUGCCGUUGCUCCUAUUCCUCUUCUAACCCCAUUCUAUCGUCCCCGUGAACUGCAUCCACCGAACGGGCCAAGCCGUUGUAUUUCGUGGCUUUGCUGCGGUGCACCGAUCCUCGUUCGCCGUUCGCACAUCUUAGAAUUUCCACGUGGUCUGCGGUCAAUUACCAUUUUCACUUUCCCUCUGGUAUUUCUAUUGUAAGAUUCGUGACGACACCUUGAACCGCAUUCCCCUAGGUUAAAUGGCAAAAAUGUCCCAUACUCUGCGAGAUCAUUUUAAUGAAGAAAAAUAAAAGGUUUCCGUUCAAAUAAUCAUUCUAUUUUGUAUAAAACCGCAAUUUACCCCGUUAAAUUCAUUAUCACAUAAGCUGGUCGGUUAGAGAAGAGGAGGUUGAAGCUCGGAUCGAGGUAAAGUGCAGCGCACGUCUCGCUCGGUCGCAUCACGUGCACGUCCGUGUUAACACCGCGAACCACUUCAAAUCUGACACCGGCUUGGCGCACGUACACCGCCAGUUAAAGCGUGCAUGUUUGCACUGUCAGUGUUCCGCUAACGAACCUAUCGUUGUGGCUUCAGUCAACCUUCUCUGAACCCUUUUCGUGGCCUCCUCGCCGUUCCUCGUUCCCGCAACCUCUAUCAUCAAUUUUCCUUCGCUCCACGUCUUCUCCAUCCGAUAGUACAACAGUGCAUAGCCUUUCCAAGUGACGCUAAACACUUUGCGUGUGGUGUUCUUCGAAGUAACUGGCUUCAAUUAGUGUAAUCGUUUUCAAAUGUUUGUUGUAAACUCUAUCCUCGGUAUCUCCUCUCCAACACACAGUUUCAUUGUUCAUGAGAAACUCGAGCUAGCUCAAAAACUCGCGGUAUCCUAAUUUCCAUUGGAGAUAGGAGAUCGCGGUAUUAAGUUUAAAAAUUCCAGGCCCAACUUGGGAAUUGCCACGUUCAAAAUAGCGGUAACCUCCAUAGAGCUUGUGCUUUCAAGGGAACAAAUGGAAUACGUCGCGAACAAGUGUGUAGCCCGCGGUUGUGUAGCGUCUGACCUUAAGAACGUCCCUCUUUGCAAGAUUUUUUCUUUUUUCUUUUACUCGUUCCUUCAUGAUUCCACGCGAUACAAGCUUAAUAAAACGCGCGCCGCGCUGCACGUAUUCCGCUCACCGAACAGCUUAGCUAAUACGGUUUAAAGCAACCGCGUUAUCUUACGGUCCCCUUACCGAAUCACCCGCUUGAAUCUUCCACCGACGUUUUCCCUUGCUCCCUGUCUCGGCUCCAUCCUUUCCCUUAAGUUUAAUCCACAGUUGCGAAACUAGCAGCCGGCCGAGGAUGAAUUUCAUCGUACUAGCGUCGAUUCUCAAAGUGUUCAGUUUAUCGACAGAAAAUCUCUGUACUAAUUGCUGCGUUCUUUUUUUUCAUAUUUUGUGCAAAAGGUGUAAAUUCGUUGGAAUCACGCGUUUAUCGGGCAACGAGAAUGAAAAAUGAUCGCAAACAGGCGGUAAUCGCGCGUUAACGAACUCUUCUGGGAUUCAACCGCGUUUCGAGGCUUCGAUUUUCCGUGCUCGGAUGCGAUUACACGCGUUUUCAAUGCAGGAAUUUUCUCCCGUCGAUAAAUUCGAGACACGAGCGCCGAGCUGUAUAUCGUUACGGUCGAAAAUUCCUCUGGAUUUCCACGGUUUAUCUCGGCUCGAGAGCGUUCGAGGAGGCACGGAGAGAAGUUCGAGUAGGGAAUCUAAGCCCCGCGAGAAAGAUAAGCGUUAUUUAUCUUGCAUUUGCAAGGAAAAACUUCCGCGGACGGUUAUCCUUCUUUUUGACGAACGGACGGGAAGGAGCAGACGGUGGAAUCCUUUCCAAGAGCGAGCUGUGACUGUUAUUAAAAAGAAACGUUUAUCUACCAUUUAUCAGCUGUCGUGGUAACAUUUGCCUUCCAGAGAACCGAUCCUUGAUCCCAAACCCGUGGAAAUUUGCCUUAAUGACCUCGUCUGCCUUUCCUACCCUACCAAUCACCACCAUUCCUUCUCCCUUCUUCGAUUCGUUAUACGCAUUUAAGAUAAUUUGAAAUAUUCUGCUCGAUAUCGACACCCUCUCGACUCGUCGCGCAACGAUCGGUUCGGGUAAUGGCGGUCGCGUGUCGAAGCGUUCGCUUCGCUAAAGGUUUAGUGGAAUUCUUAGACGACAGCUAUUUGCGAGGAUUACUCUUCCAUGAUUCAUGAGCGCCGAACGUGAGAAAUGUUCGUCCUUCUUAUCCCCGCUACCAUUUCCCAGACCCGAAGAAACAAUGCGCUUUCUUUUCACCAUUCUCUCUCAGCGUCUCGCGACUUUUCCAACCCUCUUCUCGGCUGAUCGUCUUCCCGCGUUAUCCUCAAUUUACAGGAGAAUCGCGAUUCUGGUCGCUUACCACGGGCCUGGCAUUAGUCCAUGGCUUGAACUCGCCAGAUCAACGACGACGCCCCCUUCGUUUCCGAGGCUUAUUAUUUAUUUUCCUCGCGUUCAGAGAUAGCUCUUUUUCGAGCCUUCAACACUCCCAGCUCCAUGGUUUUAUGACCUCGCUGUAAUGGGAUUAUCGGAUAAUCCGCUAAGCUGUUUGGACGUUCCGUCCUUUGGAAUAUUUCAGCCUUCGCUUCGGGGUGAUUUUAUUCGCUUUACUUUUCUCUCCGCCCGCGCGGCGCGGCGGUGCGGCUCGCGUAUUUUCAGCGUAUCUGUUUAUGCCCUUCUAUAUACCGAUUUAUGUACAUACUCGUGUUCGAUUUAAACAGCCAAUAGAGAGAGCGACGAUGUUUACGGUUAAGGGAAUAAAUAUAAGCGAACGUCGGGGCACUUGAACGCGAAUACCCUCGAAUCGAUUUCAAAUGGGGGUUGUUUUCAGACAGAAACGACUAAUAGCGAGAGAUCUCCUUGUAACAGGUUCGCGAACCACUCGUUUGAAUAUGUAUCGCCACGAACAUAAAGUUAUAAAAAUCUAGCGAGUGGAAAUUUUGAAAUGGCGAACGAGGUUCGUUUAUCCGACGAUAACUCGUAAAUCACGGAGCGGCGAAGUGUGUCGGGGGCUUUGAUCGCGCGGGAAAUCGAACCAUGAUAGAAAUCUGGCCGCGUAAAUAACCGAUCUCGAUUUCGGGGCUCGUGGAAACUCUAACAAUUGCGCGACCGGUUGCGGCGAUGGCGUAUCACGCAUGGGUUGCGCACACCAUCGACGCCUGCCCGCUCUCGUAUUUACAAGCAACAUAAAUAAAUGGAAAUUGCUAACCGUUGUAAUGCUCGGGAAAGCGCGUUACUCUCGUUCACCGUCGGCCGUCGCUUUAAUUAUACUUGGUCGAACUAUGCGGAGAGACGGCCACGUCUGUGUUCCCGUUCCGUUCGCGUGUUCGUGCGCCAACGAAACCGUCGACGUAUCGGUGGUCGAAUCGACGGGAAAUACUCGAUAAAUUGGCCCCGGGCAAAGUAUUACUUCAAAAUAAAUGUUACGGGCUAAUAUCGGUCGUUUCGCCGUGGCGCGACGACGUACCUACGGUAAAAUUGAAAAGAUAUUACGCUCGCGCGCUUUUACAGCGUCGCUUUAAAUUGAAACGUCAUGUUUUACUAUCGCCGGUCCACCAGCAAUAAUAAAUAUACCGUCGCGUACGCUAUUCCCCCUCUCUUCUUUACCUCUCUCCCAGUUUUUUACGACAAAUCCAUGAACGUUUAAUCAGUUUAACGAUCGCGAUCGAUCACCCUAUGUACGAAUUGUUUCAGAUUUUCACUGCAAUUCAAAGUUAACAUUGUUCGAAGCAUUCCGGGUGCGAAUUUUUUCCCAUUUCGAAUAAUGUUCCCUGUUAGUAAAAUAUGAAACUUCAACGUUUCAUCAUGAUUUACGACAGUGGUAUCGUUUCCCUUUACCACCCUGCCAAACGAGUGAUAUCAUCCCGAAUAGGGUCGUCGUUAUUACAAGUAACGUUUCGCAACCGGCCCCAGUGUAACUCGCACUUCAGAAUCGGUCCGCAGGUAGCUGAAUGACAGCGAAAUAACGUCGUUAACGACAUCAUCAACCGACAGGCUCCGUCGGGUGCACUUAACAGAGCCACUCACCGCCGUUGGAAUCAUUGUUACGGGAACCGGGUGCGACGUAACGACAUCAGUCCUGACUUAAAUGAUAUCCUGCAGUCGCGUCAGCGUGUGUGCACACCGCGUUAUCGUCGUCAUUACGGCCAUUAUCGUGGGAACCGGCGCCAUCCCAGCUCUUUGACGUGUUCCUCGCGUGUUGGCUCGUCGUCAGGCUUCAUUUCGACGACGAAAAUCGCGUUAUACCGUGCGGUUUAUUAGUCAAUCGCGGAAUAAUCUGCGUCUAGACAGAGCCUAAUUUUUGAAAAUCAAUGUAGCUCUGCUCUUUGAAAGAUUUCAUGCAAUUUCAAUCUCGAACGAACGUCUAUUAAUUUAUCGCAUCAGUCUGUUAGCCUUCGUAUUUAACACGCUUUCUUUGGUAGCAAUUUCUGUGAAAGCGCGGAUCAAGAAUGCUGCCAGACGCGUAUCGUUUCUCCAAUGGUGGAACACAAGAGCAUUGUGAACACCUCGGUUCAUGGUGUCUCGCGUUAAUCACGUCGCGAAGGUAUCUCCCUUUCAUGGAACACUCUGGAAGCCAUCGUAUGCGUGGCUGGCACGAAAGUGACCGUCGUUAUUGUUUCGUGGAUUUCAUUCGACGCUGUUUACCGGACUCGUUCGCUCACACGCAAAUAACGUAUUCGAGUAAGGACUGUCUGGAGAUGAAGGGAUUCUUUGAAAGUCGAAUAGGACAGAGAUAUUGAAAUGAGACGUUGCCCUUUUCCUCGUCCUCGUCACUCUAACGAGGGAACAGAUCCAAACGUCUUGUGGUCUUUUGUCAGUGAUAUAUAAUUGUAGUCGAAGGACAGUGACCUCUUUUAAGAGCAAACCAUGAUAAAUUUUACUUUAAGUAAUAUUCUUUUGUUUUAGACGCGAUUUUUAUCUCAUUCUAGUCAUCUGUUAGACAGUUCACUUAGAAUGAAAAGUUAGUGAAAAAUAUUUCACAAUAUUUUACGAGUUUGAAUCGAAGAAGAAGUAUAUACAGGGUGGUUGCAGGCCAGACGGUAAAUUUUCAACGAAGCCUGAAAAGUAACGGACGAACAAAAGCAGUCGACUUUCCACGUCGCGAGGUCACAGAUAAAUUUCCGGCCAUCCUCAGCCAGGGUAUUAACGCGUCGGGUUAGCCAAGGGUUGUCAGUCGUCGCCGACUUGCCACCCGCUUAGGCUUUCGAGCGCGUACCGGAAGUUUCGGUAUACACGAUGCGCUCACGAGACGGGAAGCUCACAGAAGCUUUCGCGGUUUGCCUGCUGACUCUGCCGCACGUCUUAUCCGCGCGGCAAUCCAAACUUUGCUAAGUCAAUAGAGUCGGUCCUCGCCGGGAUGAGAGGCUUCCACGUCCUGCUCUUCGAUUAGUUUCGUUCCACAGUCCCGUUGCUCUCCGAGCUCCAACUUUCGAGUCGUAACGGCAGGAUGGUUUGUCUUUUCUUUGACUUCCAUCCUCUCUUUUCGGCUUCUUUCGCCUCCUCGUUUUUCCCCUCUGACUCGAAACCAAGUAGAAGAUCACCCGUUCCCUCGAUGCUCUACGGCGACCAACGAUAUUAUUGCUUCGUCUAACGCACGCGAUACUCUUGUUUUGAUGAACGUUCGAGCAAUUUAAGGGAUGACAUUUAAAGGGUGAAUGUAAACCUUCGUGACAUUCCUAUGUGACAUGCGUGUCAUUUACUAAUUCGUAACAUUGAUUCUGAAGAUAGCAUUUCCUAAUAAGUAAUUAAAGACGCCGUUCCAUCAGAGAAUCAGGGUAUUCAAAAAGAAGCGAAUAGCUGUCGAAAGAAGUUAAACGGAAGACAACUUAACAAUUCAUUAGAACGGCUGAUCAAACCUCGGAAAGUUAAACCGAGAAAUGACCAGAGAGAAUUCCGGAUGCGAUCUCCGUUGGUUCUUGCAGCGAAACAGGAGGUCUCCUCGGGAAAUUCAAUUAACCAAUAAACGCUCGCAGUUACGAUUGAAACGCGCCAAUAAAAAUUUCACCGUUCAGUGGCUUAAUCAGUCCUAAGGGAUCGUGACGGGGGGCUGUGGGUGGGGGUUGAAAGGGGGUCGUAAUUCCCGGACAGCAAAUAUUAACGAAGGUAAAUGAAUCGAAAGGAAACUGAAGGAGGUCUUCGACCCGAAGGAAAAAGGGAAUCGGCCUGGUACGAUCAAUCGAAUUAUUCUCGUUGGAAAAAGACGUAAUUAUAUAAGAGCCAGCGAGUGGUCCGAGACUAAAUCGCCAGAGACAAAGGAGCCACCUUUUCCAACGGUUUCUUUUCUUCUUCACGGUCGAUGAUUAAAGGCGUGUGCCUGACAGCGAGAUGCACGAAGAAUAAAGGAAUGAUGCGGUCUCGCGUCUACAGGGAUGAUGAGGAACAGGGAUAAAGGUGCAAGACGGGCGUACACCACCGUCCAAAAGUAUUUCCUCGCUGUUUACAUGUUCACUGACGUAGCGAAAGCUAUCAUCUUGACGAUAUUCGGAUCGCUCCUAAUUAAUAUUAGUUUCUUUCUUCUUCACUUUUUCUACAUCGUUUCUCGCUCAUUAACAGUGUCUGGUCGGUUUAACGACCUCGGGUUGCAUCCCCUAGCACUAUGGCUCUCGCAACCACGAUGUUUGUCUUCUGCCUCGGCCACUAUCCCCACAACCGAAUUCUUAGGGUUCCUUUCGUACUCGCAAGCUAGCUAGGGGAGAAACCGUCGCGCAUAGUUUGAGCCGCCAUAAUCGCAGAAUAAUGCGGUAAUUAAACUUCCGCCCGUGUCUGUUCAUCCCUUCGUCAUCAAUCUCGCGUUCUUGUCGCUUUUCGACGACUGACCCACCUUGUAUAGGGAUCAUAAUGUAAUUCGAGUACUAAAUCAUUUUAUGGAGGUGCACAGAUAGGAUGGUUUUUGUCGAGGAAUCCCUGUGAUCAACAGUAUAUUCGACGAAAUGUUGGACACGGGCGAUGACAAUAGAUAGAUUAUCAAUUUUCAGAAGGCAGAAUAAUUUUGAAGUUCUAUGCAUUCGUCAGCUCUCGUGUCAAUGAAAACGAGCUUCAACUACUGUCAAUUAUCAACGUAUUCUUGUUUUCCCGGACCAACGAGUCAACGCGAUUCACAAUGGUACAGGUUUUUUUUUUCUGUUUAUCCCGAACGAAUCGGUCCACCGAGCGAUUCGCGACACAGGGAGAAAUAAAACGCACUCGUUAGUACGUGAAAUCGUUUUUGCAACAGCCCCGGUUAGCGGCCUCGAGCGUGGUCCGAGUUUAAUCAUAUAUAAUUAAGCGACCUUUCGCGUUCUUUCACGCAACAGGCUGUCCAUGCGUGUGCAACAACCGUCGAAUCUCAUUACAAUGCCAAAAAUGGCUCGUAUUUGGCGUUACGGAGGCAAAUGGCAAUCAGUAACGUCGGCGAAUCAGUGGCUUGAUUGAAAAGCGCUCGACGAUUUAACCGUUAAUUCGUCCAAUUCGAGCGGGGUCAGCGUCGAUAUCUAUCAUUACGUAGCAUCGAUAAAAAUUACGUUUAAUGGCCGACCAUCGGGUCGGAUUAACAUCAUUUGCCUCGAUUUCAUUAGCAGAGGAUCACUCGUUGAUGAAUUCGAUCGAGUUCGAGUGCACUCGAUUUUGUUUCAACAACGAGCCUCCGUUUUUCCCGCUCGCUCCCUUUGCCACUCUGUUCGGGCCUGAAUAAAAGAAAACAAACGCGAAAAUUGCUUUCCAUCGGUUAAGUGGCUACGUGCUCUCGACGAUCAAACGAGGGAAAAGCGUUUAACGCGUUCACUGUCGCAGUAGAUACUUGCAUAAUUAAUUUCUAUAUAAAGCUUUUCACUUGCUACGUUAACGAGUCGAGCAAAAUACGAACGCAUGAAACUGAGUCGUUGAAACAACGAAUCGAACGAAGAGUGGAUUGAAUCCGCAACCAUAACAGAGGAUACGAUCCCUGAAUCAACAUUGAGAAACUGUCGAAGGGCGAUCGAAGUGACAGGGUUUAUUCGCACGAACUGCUGAUCCCAUUCCCUUCACACCUUUUUUUCCAUGCUCGAAGAACAGUCAAGAAGAUGAGUUUCGAAGUCGUACUUUGGGGAGGAACAAAAGCUAUGCAUAGAUUUACAUCGUGGCUAGGUCUGCUUUCAUUCGCGACACGCCGUGAAGCUUUACGGCCAUUUUGCUUCCACCACAGCUUCCAGCUUUGUCGAUAAUGUCUAUGGGAAAAUCGCUUCCUCUUAAGGGAACAUCGAAUUAUUCCACGAAGCCCUGUUUGAUCUAUAGCUAACACGAUUUUGGAAAAUCAAACAUGGUUAUCGUUCAAGACCUUCGACGAUCUUCCGACUUGAAUGUAAUUUCUGCUCUGCUGUUUUCUUAGUUAUUUUCUUCCUUUAGAAACAUGGUUAAAUUAUUCUUACGCAAGUCUCUUGAAAACGCUGAGAGCGUUGUGUAACUGAGGGGUUUCUCUUUCGGUGAAUUUUCUGUUUUAAAAACAUGAAAAAAUAAUUCGUGUAAAAGCUACGAGAAAGUAGAAACGUAACACGCUCGAAAUGUUCUUCUUCUAACGAUGUCAUGAAAACAGAUCUAAAGUCACCUCAGUGUCUUCUUUUUUAGUUUUGCCAAACAAAUGUUAGAUUUUAUAGAAAACUUAUAAAAAAAUUUGUGGGUAAACAAUUUAAAUGCUUCAAACAGAAGCAUCGAUUAGUAGCAUUCUAUCUGCAAAGCUCGGAAAAACGUUUGCAACACAAGAAUGUCGAUGAAAAGCGGAAGCACAAUGAUCGCGCUAUCGGAAGUGACGUUCAGAGUGAUCCUAGCCGGUCGCUUCCAUUCCGGCAGACAAUAGCGGGACCGUUUGGAAUUCGAAUUUGUCGCAAAUGCCAGUUCCAUUGCACCAGACGCAGCUCGGCUAAUACGACGGUGGGGCGUUUUUCACGCCGGCUGACGAUUCUGCAAAGGUUCGCGAUGUCACGGUUCCGCGAUGCCGGUUCGUAAACCGUACGAGCCCCUCUGCCUCGUUUUUUGGCCCCUGUUUUUUUGUCCGUUUUCACGCGACAACGAAUGUAUUUUUCGGUUCUUCGCGGACCGUGGCACGCGACGUGCUUUCACUGAAGCGAACCGCUGAUACGAUUUCACUGAUGAGAAUGUUGUUGACUCUUUUGUGAUGAAUUGUUCUCGUGCACGGACUAUGGGAUAUAAACCCCUUUCAAAGCAGUGUUCCAGUGUUUAUUUAUUUAUUUUUUUUUUUUAUUUAGUUAGAUGCGAAUAUAUUAACAAAACGAUGAAACAUUAUUGUAAAAGAACGGGUGGUAUAAAAGCUCUUUGUAUUUGCUAAAAUGCAGCAACAAUUAAAAAAGCCUUUGAAGUUACCGAGUGAAAUGGUCUACCGAGCAAUAAUUAGUGACGAUGGUAAGAUUGGAACUAGCCGCCAAAAGAUGGACGCAUUUGUGGUGCAUUUGACGGCGUGGCAUCGAUGUUUGCGAAACGCCGCGCCAUCCGGAAAAAGCCUUUCCCUUGGGUAUUUUUUUUCGGCGUCGAAGCCGUUUGCAGAACAUGACCCGUUAAGAGAAGGAGGAAGGAAGAGAGAGAGAGGAAACAGAGACUGAGAAGCAAGCGGUUGAGAGAUAGGAAUAAAGAGAGAACCGGGCAGGGAAAUAAUUUAUUCGAGAGCGAGAGUUCGCCUUCGACUUGGCGUUGUCGUAGCCGAUCUUAAAUGAAAAUGAUUUCCCUGGGGAAGAAAAACCAGAGAAGGGCUGUGUAACGACGCCACGAGCGGGAAAGGAGGAAAGGGAGAAAGCGGCAACUUCUUAGACCAACUCCUUCGAGUACGAAAAGACAAGCAGCAUCCACUUCUCUUCGUCCUCGAAAAUACGAAUGGAAUAUAAAUUCCAACGAAUUAAUGUGUUUCUGUUGCUCGCGGUCUGCCGCGAGAGCAGCCCGGGACUCUUCUUCAGACCGCGUCGCGUCGGGUCGAAAGAGAUUACGAGCUUUCCAACCGCUUUCGAUAUUCCUUUUCUUCGAUCGAACCUGGCCGCUCCUGUUCACGUCCGCGCAUACAUUUUCCUCGAGAACCGGUUAACGGCUAUUCGGGAAACGAUUCGCAAUACCGACGGGCAGAAAUAUAAAUGUCGAUGCGCUGGAAAGUGGUGCAAUCGAGCAGGAAAUUCAUGGAACGUAAAAUGGUAAAUAAAGUGAGAAGCUCAGGAACUUUAAUAGAUUCUUGAUACGUCGUACAUUACAUUUGUUACUUGCCAACUUAUUGUUAGGCAAAUACAUAUCGACAGUGGUAGAAUUCUAAUUCACACGUGAAAAGUGUUUCGCUCGUCGCGUUAUCAGAAUGCGUUUCGCGAACGAGAGGUGUUCACUGCGCUAAGGGGUGAAAGUUUCGCCCAGGGUGGGCUCGACGAGUUUCGCAGCAACACUCGACUCGCAGAGAACGUCCUCCAGCGAGGCAGCGCAGCGGCGCGAAAAUUCAGGCUGAUUCGUCUCUGCCAGAAGGAGGCAGGCUGUGCGGAGCAAGAGGGUAAAUGACGAGGGUGGCGGAAGGACGAGCAGCGAGAACUCGUUGUUGGAGGAUGAGGAGCUGGCCCUCUCUCUCGGGGCCUAUUUGUAAAUCAGUUCCCGGUUGCUGGAUCCUGAUAAACGUCCUCGUUACGCGAAAACGUGCCGGCGACGCGAUUAUUUAACAUCGUGCGACGCCUGCAAGCAAGCAACCAACCAACCAACCAACCACCCCCCGAAACAUUUGUCUCUCGGUGGCCUUUCGCGCCCCUGCUUCGUAAACCCUUGCGCCAGGGAUGCGCUCUGGAUCCGUCGCGUCGCGUCGUUUGCACUCUACCUUGCCCUAUCUAAAUUGCAAAUACUCGAGCUACGAGAUCUCUCGGUCGAUGCACGAGACAAGCAUUUGUACGAGAGGAUAGUGUUCAGCAUCGCAUACCACUUUCCUCGAGGGGAAAAUGAAAAAGCAAAUAGGGAUUGAUCUUCUUCUAUACAGGUAUUAACAGGGAUGUUCUAAUCUAAGUUUGUAAAACUUUCCUUUCCUGAUUCGAUAACAGUUGAUGCGAUCAUCGUUCGCAGUGAACGUCGCGGACAAUUAAACGUUCUCUAUCAAAAGGUAUAGUUUGGGAUAGUCUUUUGAAACGAUUCGAGCACGGUUCGACACGCGUUGGAAAACUUUCAACCGCGAAACGAUCGAUAAGAGUAGAGUCAACAGUGUGCUCGUCGCAGCUCGCAAACUUUCCAUUUGUCGGUAGAGCAUAAAACAACCGGCGAGAUUCCGUGGUAAUGCCCGCGUAAUCCGUUUCGAUCGUCGCGCGCUCCUUUUAAUGGGAAAACUUUCCUCCCCGUUCGCCCUCCGCGUGAAGAUAACGCGUUCAUAAUUGAAAUCUCGGACGGUUGCUGGUUUUUCCGGCCAGAGAAACGGUAGGGAUAGCGCAGGGAGGAGGCCGCUUUUAAUUUUUAAGCCGGUUCAUACUGGUUUUACAUUCUUUUAAGUGUCCCAGCUACCAGACGCGCUUUCCCCGCUGGAAAUUACGCGAAAACCGUGGCCAGAUACUCGCUAAGUCGUUAAGCGAACUUUUUCCACUUGCUUGGUUACGAGUGUUGGUUAAGAGAACACGAGGAAAAUUUAGAAUCUAGAAUCUUGAGUCUAGAAUCUAGAGUCUAAAAUCUAGAGCAACGAGGAAUCUAAAAUAAAGUAAAGUGAAAGGGAAAAGGAAAUCAAAAUGUUGGAUAACUAGUCUACGAUUUUCCACGCGUGUGUCGAUAACCUGACGGAUUUAAGCUGUACUCAUAUUUGCCUGUCAAAGCUGAGAGACGCAGAAGCUAAAAGUGCACAGGUUCCGGAAUAGCAAGAUCGAUCGAAAGAGGGUGGAAAGAGAACACCAACAUUGUCGUCAUCGCGGGUCUCGUAAUGGAGUGCUGUUGACGCGACGUUGACGACGACAGUGAAGGAUCGAGGAGAAAUUUUCCUCCGUCCAAGUCCGAACGACGUUCCUGUCGAUCAAGCAAUUAGGCCCCGCGACUUCACUCCUCUCUCUGCCUCUCUCUUUUACUCUCCCUCCGAGAAGCUUUCAUCGCGGGAAAAUGCUUUUUGAACGAUCGAUGAAACUUUUAUCGCUAUUCACUGUUCGAUAGUUAACGAAAUUCCUUUGCUUGGCCAUGCUUGGAUAUUAUAGAGAAAAGAUACUUAAAUAUUUUCAAACUCUUCGAGCCAGUAUUUAGAUGUUUAGAUAAAACUUGUUAUCAAAGGUGCUGGAAAAACUUGGUACUCGAAAAAUAUGUGUAAAUCGGUGUUUAUUCGCGAUCCGACUGGAACGAUGAUCGAACUGCGCUUGAAAAUUGCUCUUCCGCUAGAACAUGCGAUUGACAGCAGCUCGACGAGCGCGUUGAAGGAUCGGGAAUGGGCGUGACGCAGUUUUUACCCGGGGACAUUAGUGACUUUGGCAUUGUGACGAGUAAGGUCACUCGAUGCCGGUCAAGAGUCUCCUUUCUGCUGCUACUCCCAAAAGGGUUUCCCAGCAAAAUUCGACCCGUUGACUAUCGAAUGAUAAACGAGAGAACUUCAUCCUACCUCCCUUUUUUCCCUUGCUCCUCCGUCGAUUCGACGUUGCAGUCAGAUUCCGCUGAUUAAUGUCCGUCUAAGCUUUGCGCGGAGCAACGGUGAAAAACUUGGCUGCACGAAAUUUCUAAGCAGUUCUUUGAUUAAUAUCUUUUUCGAGGCCGUUCAUCCGUUCUCGGUGCCUUUCUUUCUCGCGAACCGAGAGAAGACGAUAAAUUGCCUUCUGUCCGCUCGAAGCCGAUACCUAAAGCUGCUCGUCUUGACUCCCCGCGCCGCGUAGCGUCGCGUCGUUGAAGCGAAACCAUUUCCAAGGAAUAUUCCUUUGGAAAAUGGAAAAAUAGAAAUUCGAAUCUUCAAUUCCCGGCUGAAUCUCCAGCUCCGUUCCACGCGGAUUGUAACGUUUCCGGCGUUUAAGCUCGAGAUAAUCGUCCCCGAACGGUGACGACGAGCAGCAAAAGGGAUUCACGAGUCUCGCGCUGGUAGCCUGCAAUUAUUCGGUUCAUUUAAUUCGCGCUAUGUCGACUUGCUAAUGCUUCUGCUCGCGCGGAAGACACUAGAAGAGAAAAGGUGUGUCACUCGGGGGGUGUUGGUAGGUAAAUUUCUCGAUUGGCGGGAAUCCUACCUGGUCCCGGAGAACACUCGAUACCGUUCGAAAGCACGUAGGUAAGCAUUUAUCCCGGAAUAUCCUAUUUAUCUUGGCGCUGGAACACGCGCCGUCCCUUAUUCUGGCAAUUCGGUCACGUCCUACCAGUCCAGCAUUUCGACGAAAACCUGCAAUUUCGAUUUCUUUCCCAAGAUUUCCUGUCUUUCUCUUCACCUCGUUUCGAGGUUUCAUCGUGUUCGUAGUCCCUACUUCGUCCCUCGUUUUUCCCAAUCUUACAUCGUUCUUCAGUCCCUGUAGCUACGGUUUACACACAGAUUCCGUGGAAAAACGCUUUUACACAUCGAGCGAGGAAAAACGUAGUCGACGAAUAAAAGUGUAAACUACCGGUUGAAGGAUGCGAACGUGCGACAGGAUGCAUCGUGUGCACGCAAAUCGAUUUAACCCUUGACGAGACGCGUUGCUUUUCCGCCCUUUCGACGUCGUACACUCAUGAAAACAAACGGAGCCUGCAAUCGUGCUCGUUUCACGCGUCGCUGAAUACGGAAAAGAUGGGAGCUUGGUUGUCUUCCGGAGAAUCUGGGACUCCUCGAGGAUGUUGUUUGGUCGUUCGCCGUGCAAAUUCGUAAACGCCACUCGGAAAUGAUCGUCGAGACUAUUCGGCGACGCUCCAGGACGCUGGCAAUGUUUUUCGAGGUAGAAGCUACGCUUCUGUUUUUCCGUUUCCACGAAAAACUGAGGCUUAGUGCUAUUUCCCCGCGGGAAAAUUGUGGUCAUGGGUAAUAAUACACUGAAAGUAAUUAGAGGCAGUGACCAUUUCACGAUGUAGAGAAAUUUUAUAUUAUAAUUUCUAUCUCCGCCUUUUAAACCAAAUAUUCAUUUAGCAUAGAACGAGCGAGUUUUAAAACGCUGUUCGCGAUAGGACUUCUUCAUUACAUAUCCAACCAAUUAUCUCGCUCAAAUAGUCGCGUGAAUACGUUAAAUUAUUGCUGUCCCUUUCUCUUGGUGUGCCAAUUUGUCUAGAAAAAUGGAACAGGAAAAUUUGCGAAACGAGCCGAGUCAUGUGUACAUCGAACCCCCAUAGAACGCGUGAAAUCUCGUUUCCAGCAGCGUAUUCGAAAUACGCCAAAUGCAAUUUCCAGUUUUACGCUCGCGUUCUUCUUCUAUUUUUCACCUGCCUCAUUGUUCGUUGUACUCGUCGAAUGCCAGAAUUGUAAAAACAAUGAAGUCCCGUUACACUCCGUGCAAAUACGUUUCCUGUUUUGCGAAGCGGACGUUUUCAAAUUUUACAGCGCCGCGAUUAUACUUAAACGGCGCGAAAUUUCGCGUACGAAACGCGACGUUGCAUCGGUGGUUUCUCAUUCUCCCUGAAACUUUGCUCGACCGAGGGAAUUUCACUUAAUAACCGCUUCCAAUCCAGAUAGAGAAUCAAGCGUAUUACUAAUGGUUGCUUUGGUUUUGCCAAAAGUUCUACUUAAUGAGUUUCGCCGUAAUAUUGCGCCAUCCAACAAUUCAUUUCCGAAAUGUAAUUUUACCUAUAAAUUUACCACGACUGCCUUCCUCGUUGCUGCAUCCAAUCAUUUUAAUUACCAUCUUCUUUCUCGUACAAUUCAGCUUCCUCUCCCGAUUACUUUGGAUUUCUCUUGUUUUAGUUAUAAGAAUACCAGAUAUUCUAUUCGUUAAAAAUUAUAAUACGUUGAAUAUUGUAAAAUAAUGGUAUUGAAGUCUUUGAAAAGGCAUUGUAAACGAUGGUAGUUCGCUUCUUGCCGAUGUAAUAUCGUCGUUACGGGUGUACGCGCGAGCAGCAUGGAUGAUAAUAUCGAAGAAAGCAAGCGAGGCUCGUUAUCCGUCGAUGUUAAUGGUUUUAUAAUAUCGAAACGCUGCAGGCAUCGAAUGUAUUGAACGUUAGGCGACGCAAAAUCGUGCGAAGAGAUCGGCAAGACGGCGAAGGAGGAGCUUUAAUCCAGAAUGCGACGCCCAGCCGCGCCGUCGCGGCGCUCAAUUACCUUCUUACCUCUCUGCAUCCAGGCCCGUUAUCGGUUUUCGAUCUAAGCGACGAAGCGCGAGAAACGCAACGAGUGAUAAUGCCAUGGCUGAUAUCAUAAACGAUAAUUUAACUGCGCUUCACUUUGCCAACCUGUGCCUUCUCACGUUCUGUGAGAAUUUUCCUAGGAUAUUUUCGGCUGGUCGAAUAUUUUCUAACGACACGAUUUCGAAUCGAUAACGCAAUCAGGGCUUCGCAGAAAUUGCUAUCGGCACGAGUGGCAACGUUCAUGCUGGCAAGUUUGCACUCCGAAUGCGCGACGACGUCAUAAGUAAACCGCUACGAAGCGCGUGCGCGAUGUACACAGUAAUUAUGUGUUAACUACCCGUUAAGCAGUACUUCGUUCUAAUGACGUCAUGUACGUCCUGCUAACGACGAAGCGAUAAUGCGUGGCCUGUGUACAAUGCUUGAACAGCCGAACAUUACAAAUCUCAUGAAUUACCUUGGAUUCCAAGUGGAUCGAUGAUUAACUCAGAGAUGUCCGUUCGAUAACGGGUCUGAUAAGAAUGUAGGCAUUUCAUCAGAAUUAUUCUGGAAACAAGAGUUUGAUUCUUUUAUGUCACCUUCUAACUUAAUCCUGAUAUUUUGCUCUUUGUAUAAGGCGAAAUUUUGUACGUCAGUUAAAAACGAGCACGGUUACGUGGAUGUGGACAGUUAAUUAACGUCGUUAAUUGGGAAUUCGCGUGUCCCUUUGCCAUUAAACUCUCGGAUAUUUGUGUCCGCGUUGGUUUCAACCUUUAAACUAGAUAUUCGGUGAAACGUCACCCUCUCUCGUUUUACCUUUCACCUUUGCGUCCGCGUUUCUAUUUCACAUUCCCGUGUUAUGAAAACAAUUUUCCUCUUGCGCCUUUCCACCUGCUCGUUCUCUCGUCCGAUAGCCUCGAUUGAACGUAUUAAAAUCAUCAAGGGAUUUUUAGUUAUUUUCCCUUGUAAAGUGGUUGCCUUUCUAUAAAUUUUUCCUCUUGAAGUCAAUCAUCUAUCGCUUGAACGCUAGAGGAUCGAGAUCGAGGAUCGUAAUCGUGGAUCGUAAUCGUAGGGUAUAACAGGAGGACGUGAAUAGGGAGAACUCGCAUUUCCCGGCAACCCCUGACCACGCAGCCACCCCCUCUGCUCGAGCUGGCAUCCGAACGGCAGAGCCGUACGGCGUUAAUUGAUCAAAUUACAGGGCCGCGAGCCGGCAUCGAAAUUGCAGGGCUGUCCGGCCGGUUUUCGGAUCGCUCGGCCAACGAAAGAGGGGGGUGUCGAGGGGUGAGCUCACCCUCGCUGGCAAGAUCUUCCAGUCUCACCCUCGAACGACCCUGCUCGCAUCUCCGGAACCAAGGGUGGAGGGCCACUUCAAACCGAUCGGGAUGAUGUUCCGCGGACCCGCUCGAUCGGUCAAGUGUUCAUUGCCGGUUCAUUCCCGCGAAUUCCGCUUUUAAUUAAUGACUAUCCAUCGACAACCCCCCAGACUCGAUGAUUGGUCGACAGUAUCGUUGAUCGUCGUCAAAUUCGUGCCUAUUUCCCUUACACCGUGUUACUGUCUUUAUCAGUGUUAUUAGAGAAAAACUUAAUUUUGAAAUUUAACGAAGUAUUCAUUGUUCGAAUAUCACAGGGUUGAAAUUUUCAGCGGUAACGUUAGAGCCUGAACCCGUACGAUUCGUUCGAAUCGGUACGAUUAUGCAUACGCUGUCGAGUCGAGACAGCCAUGUCUGGAGGCUCUUUGAAAAUGAGAGGUCGGCUCGAGCUAAGCUCGUAAUUCACGGAAUUAUUAGCGGUAUCGUAUUAGUUGACGUGCCUCCAGGCGAGCACGAUGCGAAUCCUUUGGCAUACCGGUCAACACCGAUGAAAAUUUCAGCCGGCCGAGGAUGCAACGAGAACGUGCUGAAAUAUGAUCAGAUGCAAAGCGUGCGUUUGUCAUAAACGCUGCAUCGUUUCAUGUUUCUUAUAAUAAUAAAAAGCAUCACGUUUAUUCGGUGGUCCAAUUAAUUAUCUUAGCACAGAAGCAGAGAAUCAUUUAUCAAAAACGGAUCACGUUACGGCGGUUCUCGACCGAGAAGAUAGAAGUUCUCGGAGCAGGCGACCGCUAUCUAAAUUAAAAGUACAUGAAACCCGAGGACUCGCUCGCAACUAUCCUGCUCGAGAGGAGAGUGUCUUAAUUACCAGUCGGUCGUUGGUCAAAGAAGGAGAAAAAAAUGAUGCGGCCGGGAAAGAAAGGAGCCUUUUCUAGCUUCUCACCGGGCUGAAGCUUUGAAAAAGCCCAGCGUCGGUGAAUUCUACGAGGAGAACCUUGCCACUGCUACGGUACUCUGUGGGAAAUGCUGUUGCUCCUGCCUAUGGUAUCACUUGGUGGUGGGGCAGGUUGAGGGUAACGGGAGGUGUUAAUUAACUACUCGUCUCGCUCCCGUCAGAGACAUUCGAGCACGGACUCGACUUAACUUCGCCUCUCUGCAGUCGUUCCCUUCGUUGGAUCGUUGAAGCAGUCGGCAGAUAACGCGUCCAUGAUGCACCGUUGAAGAGGACAACGGUGUUUUUAAGGGUAAGCACCUGGGUCUACCAGGAUGACCUCGUUGAAGCUUCUGUGUUGGUGCAAGUCUGUUACCAGCAAAGGGUCGCUUUUGCUAAUCUCGGCCCGAUGAAAGAAAUUUCAGAGAAACACGAGACGAGAAUCGUCAAAACGUGCUAUCUAUCUAUAUUUGUGAAAUUGAAAGCUCUUUAUCCUUUGUAACGGGAAUCGGAAUUCAGUUUCGGCUUUUGAUGUUGAGAAUCGAAAAGGUUGAUUUCGAAAAUUGAGAAGGUUUGCGCUAUUGAUCACGCGGUCUGCGGCUUUCGAAAUUUUAAUUCGAACCAGUCGGGCAGGGGGCGAGGGGAGAGUAGAAAGGUUGGCGAAACAAUCACAGAGGAAUCGACAGGUAAUAGCAGAGGAACUACCGAAUCGGCGCAACGAAUUGUCGCGUCUCUCGUAUUUCAUCCCCCACGGUUAAAUCGAUCGUGCACCUACGAGCUCGCCGAAUAAUUCCUGUCGCAAGCAGAAUAGGUAAACCUGGAAUUUAUUACACGUCCGUUGCACUCGACUCGCGAGAACUCGGGAAUCGGUAUCAGACACUCUCAGACUCGCACCAAUUAUCCGUGAGUUGAAUAGGAAAAUGAAUAUAUAUUUUGUCGACGGCCGUGGGAGUGCCUUGUCAAAAACCCAGUUCGUUUCCUCUACGGUUUUGUUCCGUUCCUUCAAUACCCGCUUAUUGUUCCGUUACCUGCAAAAUGUGCUCUCGAAAUUGGGUUACUCAAUUUGAUGAAACUUUCUAUAAAGCUGUUUUCGUUUGGAAAAUUAAAUGUAUCGAAUGCACGAUAGACAGACGAUGAUCGUAGAAAGUUUCUAUUUAGAAACUAAUAUUUCAAAGUGUCACUCACUAAUACUUAUUAAUAGCGUCUAUUAUCGAAGAGUUAAUUUACAUCGUACGAUGUAAAACGUUAAAUCCAUUAGUUUGAAUAAAAAUUCAUCUUCCAAGGUAUAAUGGAUUCAAAGUACGAAUCGCGUCAUCGUGCAGAAGCAAACGUUUAUCGAAUCCAUUUGCGAGAUCACGCAAACGACGUAUCCGUGGUGAGACGGGUCCAACGGAUCGCUAAUCAGCAAGUGAAACAAAAGGAUUUCCAUGGCGCAGAAGUGGCACGUUUCCAUGCGGAUCUAAGAUCUCUCGAGAGGGAGAGGAUUGCCGGACCACUCAGCUACGGAGCGGUUCGUUAGCAAAAGGAGACGAAACUAUAAGUCCUGGUGCAAAUACCGUCGAUUACGUGCUCUCCGUUACUCUCGAUCCUCGUUCAACUUCAUCCUCAAAGAUAUCCCUUGUAAAUCAGUGUUCCUUUUUUUCACGAUGUAGUCUAAUUAGGAUGGUCAUCAAUUCUCAUUAUGCAUUUAUAUAUUUCACAAAUUUUUGAAUAAUUUAUCAUGGUUAUAAUAGAUAGUUCGAUGUUAAAAAAGUAAAUACAUCAAUUGAAAGUUUCAUCGAUACAGCUCCUCUUUCAACUAGGUUUUCCGUUAACGAACCCAUCGUCGAUCAUUUCACGAGCAUACAAUUUUUUUCCCCGCAGUCGGGGGUGUAGGAGAGGGCGCAGAGUAAGGCGGAUAACGGCGGGCGAUAACAGAAGGUACACAGGAAGGGGUGUCGUUAACGAUCCAAUACAAAGCCACGGGGCAAAGUGGAUGUUACCAAGUCCCUUCCCAUCUUCCCACUACUCCAACCUAGUGGCGCCCUUCGGUCCAUUCGUGAAAAGGGGCGCGGAGGGAGAGAUGAAGGGAGGCACAGGUCCGCCACCCACAAUUCCGCUUGCGGGCACUGUAAUUUGCUGUAUGCAUGCAUCCAGAGAUGGAUAGACACGGCCGGGCAGCGGAGCAGGUACGGGAGAUCUAUGGAUUUAUGCAAAUGCAGGCAGUUAGAGUCCCGAGCAGCCUCCGCCGUUGAAUAAUGCGUUGAUAAGAUAGGAGCCCAGCGCUCAUAUGCCGUUACCUACCCUACCAUCCGCCAUUGAUUUGUCACCCUUCCGUUCUACGCCCCUCCCCUCUUCAUCCGCCAUUCUCUAUUUCGACCGAACUUCCUUUACUUCUCCAAGAAAGUCCAUCGGGUCUUGAUUAUGUCGUGCUAUGUAAUUUCUAGUCAUUCUAAUUACUUUUUCAAUAUUUUUAUUUCUUCGGUAUAUUCAUCGACCGAACAGUUUUAUUUUUCAUCCCCUAGCGGUAACUUCGGUAUUGGCAGACUUACAGAGGAGUUCAAUUUAUAUCCAAUUUCAUCUGGCCCAUAGCUGAGCGUAUAAACAAUUUUCAUCUCUAAAUCUCUGGUAAACAUUGUCAUCGACACGUCGGCCCGGAGGCUGGUCGUUGUUCGUCGGCACAAAACGAGAAUCGUGGUCGCGCGAUUAUGACGGCGUUUCAAAAGCUCUGUUACUCUUUUUUUUCCUCGCUCUUCCAUCCUUUCCGAAAAAUGCGAACGCGCUACAAAGGCUCCUACGGCCGUCGAAGGAUUAGAGCGGCAUCGAACACUGCAUUUCCAUUACAAAUCGGAUUUUGCCGGACGGAGGGGGUGGCCCGACUCAGAUAGGGUCGAAAAACAAUAACAACGAUAAACAGUCGAACAUCGCGCGAUCCGCUUUUCCCUCCAGCUUCCAUCGAGCUGUACGGCGCGGCGAUCGGUAUCGCGUCACGGACGGCAAACAUUGCUAUGGGAUUACGUUCUCGAGCCUAGCGAAUCGAGUUACGCGUUUGCACUUCCAUGCUGGUAAAGUUACGAAGCUUCGGCAACCUUGAAUUUAACUUUUCGUAGUUUGAAGAACGCUUUCCGUACGUUCAACCCCCGUAACAAGCUCGAAACAGUAAAUCUUCCAUUUUCUGUUUAUCAGGUUAGCGAUGUUUGAAGGUUCAUUUUCUAUUUAAAUAGUAAUUCUUUACGAAAAACGACCGAAUCGUGCAACAAGUACCCGAUGUCAGUUUCACAGAGGAACCGUGCAAAUUAAGACAUCGCGAAGGGUUGAAACGAGAAACGGAAACGGGAAGGUCGUUGUUUAUUCGCCCGCUUGUUACCACGUUCGAAUAUUCCAGCUUUAAAGUGUGCACGCAGCCGUACACCAUGUGUUUAUAACCGCUCUAGCGAUCGUGACAGUUCACGAUACAGCGGAACUGACUGCGAUGCGACAGCGGAUGUGACGUCUGCUAACAUUGACCGUGUCUUCAUUCCAAAUGGCAAGGUUUCCUCUGAAAAUGGCGUUAUCUAGAUACACGCGCGAACGUGUUUGUAUUCUGUCAGUUACCGUAUCUCUGGCGACCGAGGACGGCAGGUAGUCGGUCUGAAUGUAAAGCAUCCAUUAAACGUAAUUUCAGGUAUCUUUAAUUCUUUCUCCCGUCUGAACAAAGACUGCCUUGUUGCUCGAGCGAGUUAGAAUAUUCCGAGCACGAAACUUGGUCGACUUUGUUCUUACUAAAUUAUGCAGAAAAAUUUGGAGUCACUCGGUAUUCGCUGUUAUUUCGAAUUAACGAUUGCACAAGAUUCCCGUUAUCAAGCAAACAACUUUAUAGAGCUUGUUCAAGUCUCUAACAAUGUUUCUUGGAACGGUAGCUUCCGUGGAGAUUCAGUUUCGCGAUUAAAAUCUCAACGAGAACGAAUUGCAAACCGAACGUGGCAAUUGCUUUAUUAAAUUACAUCCUGGCAAAAAGGGCCGGUCGAUUCAUAAAUAAAAACGAUACCGAUCGGCCGACGAGUCUCGUAAUUAACUGCCGCGGAAGGGAACGGACACGUUACGGUAUCGGUCGCAUAAACCAGUCUUACUGUGAUUUCAUCGUGAUUUUACGCGGUCCGAACUCCAUUUUAUUAUACGAUUCCCAACUUGUCUCAAUUACAAUCUAUUCAUUACUCAAUUCUACAAACAACGGUCAAGAUAUCGGGAACGCAUAGAUAUGUAGCAUAGAUCGAUCAUUUUACAUUGAACAAAUUCAAAAUCGUAGGCGUCCGAAUUUCGGGCAAAGAGUUUUCCCUCUUCGUUCGCAACUUCAUCAAGCCCUUACCUCUUCGCACAUUGAGUUCGCACAGAUAAAAUGGCGCACACAACGCGUGGACUACACUUAAGCCUGAGUAGCGCUUGCGGCAGGGUAGGCGAAGAAGAGUGGCGCCGUCUAGUGUUUCAACGGGACCAUUCGUCGGACGGGUAAAAGGGGUUAGGCUAAGUGGCAAAUAAAGGGUAGUGACGAGGUUCGAGUGGUGUCUCGUUUUUCUUGCCACUCUGCUACACUCGUCAAGAUAAGGGGGGCCUCUGUAUAGCUUUUCGGAAAUGGAGGGUCGUCGCAAAAACGAUACUUCCUGCAGUUAAAACAUUUUACGUAAAACAGAGGCUACCCUGGUUUUUAUGUAAGUAAUGAACCUGUCCUUCAUACCGGUACCUCGUGCGUCCGGAAAGUCGGCGACGCACGGGACUUAUUUUCGUCUAUGAAAGACGAAUUUCCAUUGCAAUCACUGUUAUUUCGAUGCAAUGCCAAUUGCGACUUCUUCUCAGUUCCUUUUUCGACUUGGCACGAAACGGAAUGAUGUCGUUUAACGAGAGGAAUAAACUUUUGCAAUCACUCCGUUCCAUGCGUAACGAUGUCAAUGGCGUUUUGAGGUUUCUCCGCUAUUUUCCGGGGCGCAACAGCGAAGUCACGAUUCGCGAUGGGAGCUUUUACGAGCUUAGCCAGGGAAGGAGGAGGAAUGAGAAAGAACGUUAAGAUGACACCGUGGUCGCAUCAACAGAAACGGCUUAUUCUUUCGCUGGUGCGGUCAUAAAGGACCCUCGGCAGGACGAAGUUAGCAGGGUAUAACGGUGCACAUGGACGGACACGUAGCGCCGUCGUUUAUUCCGCUUUACGCUUACACCGUGCCGACGGAAGAUGGCUUAUGAACUUGACGCGUUUUACCUUUUUCCCUUGGAACGAGGGAAAAUAAUUGUGGUCAUGCUUGGACAGGCAAUUGAAGCGAGGAAAGUUGUAAGAUUCUGGAAAUAGGAAAUUUAACCGUUCCCUAAACAAUGGUCUUAUCGUUACUCUGCAACAGUCGCUUCUUAAUCAUCGCCUGUCGCUUAUCACAGUAGCAAAUGCUUUUUGAAGCGUGCGUUGCGUACUUCGCGUAGCGUUUACGCGUCCCAUUUAAAACGUAUCAUCCGCGGCUAACUUACGACUUCGUUCUGUGCUGCCAUCAUAAAACCAGGAACACGACGUCGCUGAUGAUGCGAUAAAUUUUAAGCGUUAUAAAAAAUUUUGUCGCCAUACGCUUUUCAACGACCGUGCUGCCAUAUUCUGAAAACAAUCUGAGAAUGAAGUGAAGUUUUCUGGAGUUAUCAGCGUCGUUGCUUUCUGUUACGCUUCAAGCUUUCUCGACUAGAUUUUUAUGUCGAACGGGAUUGACUCGUCGAUGGCGUCUUGUUCUUUUUUUUUUUU